AUGACUAGUCGACUAGACGAAGAAGAGUUACAUCCGCUCGUUUCGAGCCUCCUUGAAGGUCGCCUUCUCCCAACCGCCACAACAGCCAAUGUGCCUGUAAAACGAUACGCACGCGAACAAAUGAUCACGUUAAGAACGACGAAACUCAGCACAACACGGCCCGAUAAUCUAUCAGUUGAUUUUAAUGGGUUCGUGGAUUUUUGUUUGGAAAAUUUCAAUGUAACAUAUACCCUUUGAUAGAUUUUUUACGCUGAAAAAUAUCCUUUUUUGAUAAAUACCUCAAGUGGGUAUUGGAAAUUGAGCUAAUAUUCGAUAAAUUGAUUUUUGAGAGGUCCAUAACUCAAUUUUAUCAAAAUCAGAUAACAUGGAGUUGUUCAGGAUAGCUGAUGAAAUAAUUCGAUUAUCCUGAACAACUCCAUGUUAUCUGAUUUUGAUAAAAUUGAGUUAUGGACCUCUCAAAAUGUAAUUUAUUGAAAAUUAGCUCAAUUUCCAGUACCUCCUUGAGGUAUUUAGCAAAAAAGGAUAUUUUUCAUCGUAAAAAAUCUAUCAAAUGGUAUAUGUCUCAUUGAAAUUUUCCAGAAACUUCUGGCAAAGUAUUUUGUUUUUUGCGAAAUACCUCAAGGAGAUGCUGUGAAAAUUGAGCUCAAAUUCAAAAAUGUUCGAAAAAAUUGUGUUUUAUGGGCCCAUGCAGAAUAAUAUUUUGUAAUAAAAAAACAAAUUUUUCCUAUGCAGAAAAACGUCGAAAAAACAAAAUAUACAGUUUAUUAUUUUUGAGUAGAGACAAUGUGAAAUUGAGAGAGUGCAGACAGUUUUUUGUAUUUUUUGGGCGAAAACUCUCUCAAUUUCACAUUGUCUCUACUCAAAAAUAGUAAACUGUAUAUUUUGUUUUUUCGACGUUUUUCUGCAUUGGAAAAAUAUUUUUUAAAAUUACAAAAUAUUGUUCUGCAUAGGCCCAUAAAACACAAUUUUUUAAAACAUUUUUUGAGUUUGAGUUCAAUUUUCAUCACCUCCCGGAGGUAUUUUUAUCAAGGAAAAUCCAUUUCUUGAUAAAAAUGCGGUUUUUUUGCAGAGAUGAUGGCAAAUUUUCGCCGUUCAAAUGGUUGGAAUAUCGUUGGGAGAUCGAGGGCAUCAAGAAUCGGCCGAUUUCCAACAAAAAAAUCGAUUCACUUUGCGCUGGCGCUGACGACAAUACGGGUUUGUCUCCACAACGGAGAGCAUUUUCAAGCGGGUGCCGGGCACCGGGUGAUGGCGAAAAAUCGAAAGACGGCGAAAAAGACGAUCGAUUGGGUGGACACGGCAAAAAUUGGCGAAAUGGAAGUAGCGGUGGAUCGGGAGGCGGUGCUGCUGGGGCUGGUGACAAAUUUAUGCCGAAAUAUGUGAAAGCCGCGUAUGGACAAGCUGUGCCAAGAAAUGAGUGGAAGAGAAGUGAUAAUAAGAAUGAGGCGAGAGGAGCUAAUCGAUUCCAAACCAAUUCAAGAAGGUGCUUGAUUUUUCGAAUCACUGGGAUUUUUGACCUCAAAAUUCCUAAUUUUUGACAAAAAUUGAAUUUUGUGAUUUUUCAAACGAGCCCGAAGGUUUUCUGAUCUGAAAAUUGCUCAAAAUUUGAUAUUUAUCCAAUUUUCAGCCAAUCAGUUGUUUUAUCAGAAAUUUACCAUCAAUAUUUCAAAUUUUUGAUGAAAAAUUGAUUUCUAGCAAUUUCCGAUGAGCUGAGCAUGAUCUCUAUCUCAAAAACGACUUAUCUCAACUCUGACCAUGAGUUAUGACGUGGCAAAAUCAGAAAAUUUAAAAAAAAACCUGUUAUUUUCAAGGAAAACAUGAUUUUCGCGUCUUGGAAAUAGCAGGUUUUUUGAAACUUUCUAAUUUUGCCACGUCAUAACUCAUGGUCAGAGUUGAGAUAAGCAGUUUAUUGAUUAAAGGAUCAUGUUCAGAUCAUCUGAAACUGCUAGAAAUCAUUUUUUCGGUCAAAUAUCUGAAAUUUAGAUAUUUUGUGAUUUUUCAAACGAGCCCCAAGGUUUUCUGAUCUGAAAAUUGCUCAAAAUUUGAUAUUUAUUCAGUUUUCAGCCAAUCAGUUGCAAAAUUUGAUGAAAAUCCCCCAGAAAAAUGUUUUCUGGUUUAAAAUUCGCCAAAAUUUGAUGGGAAUCUUCAAAAACCAUAUUUUAGUCAAAAAAUCAAGGUUUUUGACCUAAAAUAUAGCUAAAUGAAUCAAAAAUCAAGAUCUUCUGGCCCUAAUAGAUCAAAAUCUAGGCUUUCUGACCUAAAAUUAGGCUAAAUUGAUUAAAAUCACCCAACAGUUCAAAAAUCUCACUUUUUGCAGAGAUGACCGUGCUGGAAGUGUUAGUGGAAGUGAAAAACUGCCAGAAUGGGCAGAUGGACCAACCACAAUGGACGAUAUGAUUGAAUUGCGUGGAUUUGACGAGCCAAAGAAGGGAAAAAAGGCGAAAGCACAGAAGAAGGAGAAGCUGACUGCGAUUCCGGAUCCGAAUUCAGCCAGCGGUUCUCGUCCACCAUCUGCCGAUUUAUCAAAAAAUAAGGGAAAUGUUGAGAGUUUGGAGGAUAGUGCAAUUCAAUCAGCGGAAACUGCGUAUUCUGGAAGUUCGACUGGUGCGUUACCAGAUUCUGAUCAUGAAUUGGCUGCGUUGCUCGGUGUUUUGGAUACGAAUAUAAGUAAGCCGAAGAAGGAAUCAGAUGAAGUUGCGCCAAUUGUUGGUGGAAGUCGUUUGAGUCGAUUCUUCAAAAAGCCCACUGAUCCCGCUGUCGCAACUGAAGGUCUCGCUGGAAACGAUGAGAAUGUGGCGAAUCCGAUGAUCGCAAAAUUGCUUGGACAAGAAACGCCUGUGGAGAUUAAAGGGGGAAUGAGAUUGGAGGACAUUGAGAAGGCGAUUCCCAAUGGAAAUCCGUUGCAAGAUCCAUCGCAGCAAGCGGAAUUCUUGAAGAAUUUGCAAAAAUUGGCCAAAGAACGUCAACCAUCGCCACCAGUUUCGCAAAUUCCACCACCACAACCACCACAAAUGGUUCCACAACAACAGAUCCAAUUGGUCGCUGAUCCGGCUUUGUUGGCGAGUUUUGUGGCGAAUCCGCAUUUGUUGGGAGCGCAUGUUGAGAAUCAAUUGCAUCAGGCUGUUGCGGCGGCGAUGCGAGCUAACAAUGGACAACAGAUUCCGGUUCAACUUCGUGAGUUUUUGGGGUUUUGUGCUGAAAAUAUGUCAAAAAUCCGGAUUUUUUGCUCUAAAAAUGACUAAAUUUGAGAUUUUUUGAUGAAAACCGUGGAAAUUUGGUGAAAAUCCCAUGUUUUUUGUUAUAAAUAUGGAAAAUUAACACAAAUUCAAGUUCUUAUGCUUUCCUGGAAUUUCUGACUUAAUUCGAAUUUUUGAUUUGAAAUUUAGCGCCGAAACCUUGAAAUUUCAAAUUUGGGCAAUUUUAACCUAUUUUUGAUAGAAAAAUCAGAAAAUUCUAGAUUUUCCAUUAAAAAUUGUGAUUUUCAAGACAAAAACGAUGAUUUUUCUCACGAAACUCGAAAAUUUGCUUCAACUUCUGGGUUUUGAGCAUUUUUAGAAGUUUCAGGCAAAUGCUUAUCACCUGAACCUAUUUUCGACCAAAAAUCAUCAUUUUCUAGUCCAGAACAUCAAAAAUCCUCACGAUUUUGUUGUUUCAGAGCAACAAUUGAAAAUGGCGGCGAUGCGCAACAAAAUCUUCCUCCAACAACAAACUGUGGCCUUCGCCCACUUCACCCAAAACAUGAACGGAGCAGCAGCCGGAGCAGCAGUUCAGGCCGCCGCGCAAGCUCAAGCUCAGGCUCAUCAGGCCCAGCAAAAAGUUGCGCGCGGAAUUCCGCCGUCAAUGAUUCCGGCGUCAGUUCAACGACAAUUGCACAAGAAAAACGAGAAACCAAGUAGUUCGAGCCCUUCAGAUGAGCAACAACAACAACAAGGAAAUGCUGAAAAUGAUAUGGCGAUGCACAUGAAGAAAUUGCAAAUGCAACACAAUUAUACACAAAUGGUGAGUGCGAUGAAUAAUGGAUUGGGAAUGGCGGCUUGGCGACCAAACGGUGGAGCUCCUCAAGGAGGAGCACAAGGAGGAAUCCCGCAAAAUGUGCAAAUGUUGUUGGCUCAACAAGCCGCGCAUCAACAACAACAACAACAACAAAUUCGAAUGAUGAUGGGACAAAAACAGGCGCAACAGGAAUUGAUGAUGAAUAAAUUGAUGCAAAUGCAGGCGAUGGCUCAGGCACAACAUGCUCAACAGAUUCAUCACCAGAAUGUGCAUAAUUUGGCACCGGGUGCUGAAAGAGCCCAUGCUCAUGCUCAACAACAACAAUCGCAUGGGGAUAUUAAUCAGGUACGCAUUUUGAUGGGUUUUUGGGGUAAAAUUGCGAUUUUUGACUGAAAAUAUGAGUUUUUUGAGCUUGAAAACCCGAAAUUACAGCUUGGAAUCGAUUUUUGACUGAAAAUAUGGGAUUCUGGGCUCGAAAAGUGAGAAAAUUGAGUUUGGAAUCGAUUUUUCAGCCUACCAAUGGGUUUUCAGGCUUUAAAACCCCGAAAUUCCAGUAUUUUAUCGAUUUUUGACUGAAAAUGGAGUUUUCGAGAUUGGAACGAUUUUUCAACCAACCAAUGGGUUUUUGAGCUUGAAAACCCCAAAAUUCCAGCUUGGAAUCGAAUUUUUGAACCGGAAAUCACUUUUUCCCAUAGAUUUUCCUGUAAAACUUGUCAAAAUCCCUAGCAAACUUCAUUGUUAAUGUGGAAAUUGAGAUUGUGGGUCUUUAAAAUUGGGUUUUCAUUGUCAAAGUCAGGUUUUCCAUCAAAAUUCCCAGCCCAGAUAAAAAAUUCCCUCUCCAGAAGCGCAAAAUUAGUUUUCGGCUGAAAUUUUUACGAUUUUUGAGUCUAGAAAAUCACUUUAUAUCGAUUUUCUGCCAAAACCACCCUAAUUCCAAAUUUUCAUUCCAGGUCGGUCCAAUGCAAACACCAUUGGAGAAACUUUUGGCUUCUGUCGGAGUCGAGGCUUCCCAAUUCACAGGUAAGAUUUUUUUUUCUUGUCAAAAACACCAUUGAAAAACCAGUUUUAUCUUCUCACAAAAAUCGGCCAUCAAUCAUUUUCACUGAAAGUUGCAAUUUUUGGCUGGAAAUGGGAAUAUUGAUUUUUGGCUGGAAAUUCAUGAAUUUUUAUCUAAAAUUCAGAAAAAUGCUGAAAAUUUAGUAUGAAAUUGCUCAAAAUUUCAUUUAGUACCUAGAAUUUUCUCGAAAAUCUCAUAUUUGAUAUGAAAAUGCUCCAAAUUACCUCCAAAAAUCAGAAAUUCACUCAAAAUUCAUCAAAUUUGGUAACAAAAUGCUCCAAAUUACCUCCAAAAAUCAGAAAUUCACUCAAAAUUCAUCAAAUUUGGUAACAAAAUGCUCCAAAUUACCUCCAAAAAUCAGAAAUUCACUCAAAAUUCAUCAAAUUUGGUAACAAAAUGCUCCAAAUUACCUCUAGAACCCAAAAAUCCAUCAUAUUUGAUAUCAAAAUGCUCCAAAACCCUUCAAAUGCAAUAUUUUCAGGUUCCUCAUCAGCUUCCGACUCUAUUCCCCGCCAAAUUCCCCACUCAAUUCGCCCAAUGACUUUGGAGGACAUUGAGAAGGAAAUGACGGCCACAGCAGCUCCACAAAAAUAA